GAUCGUGCCGCCACAUGUCGGCUCUGGAUAGGGCCAUCUUCUGCUGGUGGGCCGUGACGGGGACGAUUCAUCUGGUGCUGGAAGGCACGUUCGUUGCGUUCCCGGACCUCAUGAGCAGCACCAGCAACGCUUUUCUACUAGACGCGUGGAAGGAGUACAGCAAGGCCGACUCGCGCUAUGCCACGCGAGAUGGCUGUGUGCUCUCUGUUGAGGCGGUCACUGCGUUCAUUGAAGGGCCCGCUUGCUUCCUCAUCCU